AUUUUCUAUUAUUUUUUUUUCACACUCGCACUCGCUCGUACGGGCCCCAACCUUGAGCUGCUUCAAAGAGGGACACAGAAAAAGUCGAAUCACUUUCAACCCUCUCUCCUCUCGUCUUUGUAUUAUAUCCAACACCACAAUGGACUCUGUCGUUAUUGGAAUCAACUUUGGAAGCACCAACAGCUCCAUCGCCGUCUUGGCCCCCAAUGGACACUUCAACGUCAUUGCCAACGCAGACGGUGAGCGUAUGAUCCCCUCCGUCGUCGGUUUCUCCGGCGACGAGGAGUUCUCUGGUACUCAGGCUCUCCAGCAGGCUGUCAGGAACCCCAAGAACACCCUCGAGGGUUUCCGCAAGUUGAUCGGCAAGAAAUUUGAGGAGGUCAAGGUUCCCUCGGAUGUGACCCACCCCGACAUGGUCUCCAAGGAUGGUGUCCCCGCUUAUAAGGUCACUUUCAACGAGAAGGAGCACAUCUUCACCGUUCCUGAGGUCGUCACCAAGCAGUUGAAGCACAUUCUCGAGGAGGCCGAGGCCUACCUCGGAAGCAAGGUCACUGGUGCUGUUCUCGCGGUCCCCACCUACUUUACUGAGCACCAGCGUGAGGUCCUCGCAAAGUCUGCUGCGGAUGCUGGAAUCAACGUCUUGCAGAUCAUUCAGGAGCCCGUCGCCGCUGCGCUUGCCUACAACUUUGGACAGAACCCAACUAAGAGCGACCCUCAGGACAAGACGGCCCUCGUUCUCGACAUGGGCGCUUCUUCCUUCGACAUCACUGUUCUUUCCGUCCGCAGUGGUAUUUAUACGAUUUUGGAGACGGCCCAUGACGAGGCUUUGGGCGGCGAGGCUUUCACUCAUGAGUUGGUUCAGUUGGUCGCCCAGGAGUUCAAGAAGAAGUCCAAGGUCGAUGUCAAGGGCAACAAGAAGGCGUAUUUGAAGAUCAGGACCGCUGCUGAGAUCACGAAGAAGCAGCUCGCUCGCUCGGCCGCAGCUCCUUGCUCGGUCGAGUCUGUUGCUGAGGGUCUGGAUUACCAUGGCUCGGUCAACCGUCUCCGCUUCGAAUUGGCCUGCAAGGACUUGUUCGCAAAGUGCAAUGCCUUGAUUGAGCACAUCUUGGAGAAGGCUGACUUGACUGCCGGCGCGAUUGACGAGAUUCUGUUGGUCGGAGGAGCUACCCGUAUGCCCAAGUUCCAGUCGAAGCUGCGUGAUAUCUUCCCGGAGACGACUAUGCGUUUGGACCAGGAGUCGGAUGAGGCGAUCACGGUCGGAUGCGCUGCCCAGGCUUCUCUGAUUGCUGGAUUCGAGAAGGAGGACAUUGUGGCCUCGACCAAGGAGAACAUCACGGUGACGCCUCACACGGUCAAGCCCAUUGGUGUUGUCGGCUCCAACGAUGAGUUCUUCACCAUCAUCCCUAACCACACCCCCUUGCCCGCCAAGCGCGUCUUUGAGUUUGGACAGGCGGCCGAUGGUCAACAGGAGGUUUACUUUGCGCUGUACGAGGGUGAGCAGGAUCCCCUUCCUCCCAAGAAGGAGAAGGUUGAGAAGCAUGACGUUGGAUCGGAUGAUGAGGACGAGGAGGAGGAGGAGUUGCCUGUGAAGCCUACUUACCACAAGACCACAUUGUUGGCUGAGGUUGUGUUGAAGGAUCUGCCCGCUGGUGCCAAGGCUGGUUCGCUCAAGAUCGAGGCGACUGUUCAGGUCGAUGCUGCGGGCAAGACCACGAUCACUUUGCGCGAGAAGAAGAGCGGAAAGCAGGUCCGCGCUGAGAGUGCUUAAGAGAAAGAAAGAGAAAAAAGAAAGUAGCAGCGAGGGGUUUUGGAUGACAUAGAUAAACGAGGUCGACAUAUAUUUUUUUUCACACAAACAAACACAACACAAACACACACAAUUCAUGCACAAGACAAAAAAAAAG